GACAUCGGAUAGAUAUAUAUGCUAUUUUAUGUCUGAAUUACCUUCAAGAUUUUGUUCUAUCUACAAACUUGUGGGUCCCUUCCCUCUGCACUUUUGCAAUUUCUUAAUUUUCAUCGGACCUUUUCCCCUAAAUUUUUAGCUAAUUCCCAUGUUAUUCUCACCAAAUUACAACCCUUCAACACCCCACACCAUUUUCCUCUGCAAUCAACAAAAAUUCUUAAUUUUGUAGGAAAAAAAACUGAAUUUGCUAUUUGGGGUUUCUUGAUUUUGCAAUCUAGAAGUGGGUUUGCUUUGAUUUGUUCUGGGUCGGAGAAAUCUUGAAAUUUGAGGGAGAAUUUUGGCUGCAAUUGGUUGGAGCAAAAAGGGAACAUUUUAGGGCUCUUGAGGAAUUGAUUCUUGUUCAAGUUAAAAUUGGGAUCUGGGGUGAGGAUGAAAAGAGGGAAAGAUGAGGAUAAAAUUAUGGGGCCAAUGUUUCCAAGGCUUCAUGUGAAUGACACAGAAAAAGGAGGUCCAAGGGCACCACCUAGGAACAAAAUGGCUCUUUAUGAACAGCUUAGUAUCCCUUCACAGAGGUUCAAUGGUGGGGUGCCCUCAUCUUCAAACCAGGCAACCAUGAAUGAAAGAGGUACAUUUUCUUCACUUCAACAAUCUUCUUCAAAUCACCCAACCAGGAAGCCCGAAACUCGCCAUUCUGAUUUUCACAAUCACCGUGCGCAACAAGAACAUAAAAGGAGACAAGAAGAAGAUGACUUUACGGUCCCAGUCUUUGACCAACAAUCUGGAACAAGUCAAAAUCGAAGUGCGAUUCAUCAUAAUAGAGAAAAUGAAGGUGUCACCCCUUCUGGUGCAGCCUUUUCAGGUCGUCUGGUGAACAAUCACAACGCUAAACAAAACAAAAAUAAGUUUCAAAAAGAAAACUCUCAAGAUUUUGAUACUUCCGCCUCAAAUCAACCGCCCCAACAAAACAUUAAAUCUCCAAUGAACGAGACCAAUGAAUCUUCAAGUUUUAGUCACAGAAAUGCUUUAAAUGACAAGAGUUUAAGGGAUCAAGGAGUCGACUCGCAAGCAGAUACCACUUUGUGGGGUGAUAGUGUCGUAAAUGAGGCAUCGAAAGCUACCGGUUACGAGAAUAAUUCGGUUCCAGCAAGGGAAACUCAAAAAGAAGGUUUGCAAAGCCUUAAUGAUCCAACCAAUGGGGAUGCUCUGUCAGAGAAUUCGAUGGUUGAUUCGAUUUGUCGAGUUGAUAUUUCUCCUGAUGAUGUUGUGGGGCUUAUUGGUCAAAAACAUUUUUGGAAGGCAAGACGAGCUAUUGUCAACCAACAAAGAGUGUUUGCCAUUCAAGUGUUCGAGCUCCACAGAUUGAUAAAGGUUCAGAAACUAAUUGCUGGAUCGCCUCAGCUUUUGGUUGAAGAUAACACGUAUCUGCCGAAACCACCAAAAGUUUCUCCAAUCAAGAAAAUUCCUAUCAAGUAUGUUCUAACCGAUACGCCUAAGAACAUAAACGACCUCGAGAAACCGAAUGGUGACAUGGAGUUCUCGGCCGAGAAUGCGGUGGGGAAAGCGUCUUUAUCUUCUGUGCAAAAUGGUAGUCAGACAACAUAUUGCAGACCGUUUGGUGGGCACCCGAUGCCACCAUCUGAACAGACACAGAGUAUGGGCUCUUGGAAUUUUAAUCCGCCACCUGGACCCCAAUGGCUGAUUCCUGUCAUGUCUCCAUCUGAAGGACUUGUUUACAAACCGUACCCUGCUUCUGGGUUCAUGAACCCGGUUUAUGGUGGUUGCGGGCCCCCUGGAUCCAUGCCUGGGACUGGUAAUCAUUUGGCAAACUAUUGUGCACCACCUUCUCAUCCUCAUUAUGAAGGGCCCACAGGGGUUAACCCUUUUACUCCUCCGCUUCCGGCUAGUCAUGGUUACUUCCCUUCCUACAGUAUGCAAAUGGCUAACCCAAUGGUCUCGACCUCCGCCAGGUUCGAGCCAACCAACCCCUUCACCCUGCAACACCAAGGCUCAGCCAACGUUCAACCCGAGAAAAAUGGACACGCGGUUCCAAAUGCUUCUAAAGAUACCGAGGUCCAAGCCAGUACAGCAAGCAGUCAAAGCGAUACACCAAAAGACCAAAACGCCCUUCCUCUUUUCCCAAUCUCUCCUCCUGCUUCCAGUCCUGGUCCUGAACCAUCUCGGGUCGAAACAGUGGCCCCCCCUCGGGUUAUUAGAGUUGUACCGCAUAAUGCACGCUCAGCAACUGCUUCUGUAGCACGGAUUUUCCAAUCCAUACAAGAAGAAAGAAAGCAACAUGAUUCGGGUUAGAUUUCGUUUGUGUUGGGAAGAUCGAUUAACGACUGGUGUUGUACUUUGUGCUUCUAUGAUUGUAACUUCGGCCUGAAUACCUUGAUUAUUGUAUACAAUAGGAUGUAUGUAUAUAUGUAUGUAUGCCAAGAUUAUGACAUGAGGUGGUUCUGUAAAAAAUAUUUGCUGUUGUAGGCAUUGUUUUGAAGCUGUACACAUCAUGGAUUGCAGAUCAAAGCUUAAGCAUAUGAGCUAGUUUGUUUAUGUA